AUGGCUAAGGGGACGUUUGAUGUACAGGCGUUCACCGCUGCACGUAGCGGUAAGGCCGUAAAUGAAUAUAAAGCACGAUACGUGGGCGGGCACGCAAAGCCCGUGUAUGAGGAGGACGGAGAUACAGUUGAUGAUCAUGUAUUCACUAGGCUGAAGACUAUAUUUCGAGGUCCAGUGUCCUGUACUAGCAGAACACUGAGCGUGGACAGCUCUUUAGGAGCGUCUACUGUGGACCCUCUAUCCAAGGGUCUCUACAAUGGGGAAACGCCCUUGCAGUGCUCCACGACGCUCACCAGCUUCGACAUGACCACAUGUUCCGCUUCAGCUUCACUCGAACCUGUUGGCAAGCUAGGUUAUGGGGAGAGCGUCAUGUGCCUUGACACUUUGGCGCAGGCUCUCGCCGAAGACUCAGCGUCGUUUGCCCACAAGGCGAAAGCCCUGGCGUACAGCGACACGCCGUUGACACAUCUAUCUUCCAUGGACACUACGGCCACCCAAGAUGUGCUUACGCCACUCGGGGCUGGGUUUAUGGAGAUAGGAUGCGACUUUGCAGAUCGUGUCGGUAAGCUACUGGAGCGCUGCAUCUCAGGUGAAGAACGUGCCUGGGAAGAGCUGGCAUCGCUUUGUUCACAUGAGUUCAAUCUGCCGGAUUCGGCAUUAUCUCCAGCCUUGUUCGCUGCCCUAUUGAGGUUUUGCAUGCUCAAAGGCCAAUUAUACUUGGCGGGGCAAUUACUACAGGUUGCGUGGGACCGCGGCAUACACAUCUCUGUAAGUGAACAAUCGAAUGUCAUUUUUUCAUUGUGUUCCGCGGGGGCUUUGGGUCUGUCCCGCAGCCUAUUAUCAAAGCUCCCCUUCAAUUCACCAGAGAGUGAUGAAGUCUUGAAUCUCUUUGUAAAAGGUGUUAUAAACGCAGCUAAAGAAACGAAAUACGAAAACGCCAGCAACUUUAUUGCUGUUAUAGAUGAUCCAAAUUCUGGGAGUUUGGAGCCGCGGCGCGGCGCCCAGCUUAUAGAACUGUUUCUAAGUCAACUUGACGAGGAGGAAACACUUACCCAGGAACUAGUAUCUAUAGUUCAGAAAGCAUGCUCAACAGAGGCCUUUUCUGAGGUAUCCAGCACAUGCCGUUUCAGUACGUGCGCGAUUCUUUGCUGCGCAGAGACAGGCAAUAAAAUUGAAGACAACAUCAAAACCAUAUUAAAUGGUGACAUUUCCAAUAUAGCGUUUCUGGAACAUGUGGGUAAGCGGUCACAAACUGCGUUUGUAGCUGUAGUUACUCGCUUGUUAUCAUUACACGCAUUUAAUGGGAUUAGUUUCCUUUCCGCGCUUUGCCUGGCCUGCAGACUGUGUCCUUCAGGCAACGCGGUAUCGGAUAUAUGUGGACACGCACUAAAACAAUUAUACCGGAGUAUCCCUGAAAACCUGCGCACAUCAGGUCUCAGUGACUCUGACUUUCUUUCAUCUGAAAGGGUUAACGCUUUCGUUCAGCGCCUGGGCACAAACUUGCCGGGAUCCCUUCUAUGCACCUGCGCCUGGGUAUCAGGCGUAGGGAAAGAACACUUUACCCCUCUAGUCGAGGCGUGUCUCCUGGUGGAGGAUUUUUCCUCGGCGGAGGCGGUGCUAAAGUAUGUUGUUGAGUACUAUGGUCACGCGCCUCCAGUGUUGUUGGUGAAACUUCUUCACUGUCACCUGCUCCGUGGAAACUUUCGAUAUGUCUUGGAUCGUAUUUCGAAAAAGGAUAGGGUGGCUUCCUGUUUGCGCGAACGGCAGAACCGCGGCCAAUGUAUCAGCAUUGCGGAAUUUGGUAUGCGCGUUGCAGCAGCGCUGCUCGAGUUUGACCUGGCGCUGGACUUUCAUAGACACUGUGACGCUGCGGAAAAAAUCAGCACCGAAUUUUCUCAGUUGCUCCAAGAAUUACCCCCGCUGCUAAAAUCUCGCAGUAAAGUCGAUGACUUUGUGACACUGUGUGAGCGACUAAAUCUGGACGAUGCAAGUUUUUCUGUGGCCCUUGAUUGUUGCCUCCGUUUGAAGAAUUCUAAGCGUUUGUUACGUUUGAUAAACAAAUUUCGAAGGAUGGGUAUGCAACCCCAGUUACAGACCUGCGGUGUCAUUAUAAAGUCUUUAGGAUGCUGUGGCAGGAUCGCGGAAUGCAAGGAGAUAUGGAAAGAGAUGGCCAACAGCCAUGGAAAUGAACCCAACGAAGUUACAUAUGGGAUUAUGCUUGACGCGUACGUGAACAACAACCGUAUGGAAGAGGCAAUGGCCUUGUUGCAGGAAAUGAAGCAGAAAGGCACUGUGAAGCCUAACACAAUCAUGUACACUACGCUCAUUAAGGGGUUCGGACAGAACAGACAGUUGAAUAGGGCUAUGAGCAUUUAUAACAUGAUGGUAUCGGAAGGUGUGACUCGCAACACAGUCACGUACAAUUCGAUCAUUGAUGCCUGCGCACGUGUGGGAGACAUGAAGUCUGCCGCUGCUUUACUGGAGGAGAUGAUGAUAAACCAGGUCGAGCCUGACCUGAUCACCUUUUCCACUAUCAUCAAGGGUUACUGUGUGCAGUGCAAUAUGGAUCAGUCCUUCCAGUUACUUACAAUUAUGUACGAGCGUGGCAUCAAACCUGAUGGUAUAUUGUAUAACAGUCUUUUGGAAGGUUGCGUUAAGAGUGGAAGAUUGUGGUUAUGUGAAAAACUAUGGGAGCAGAUGCGUUUGCACGGAAUAGCUCCAUCUAACUUUACUUUGACAAUUCUUAUUAAGAUGUAUGGACGCAGCGGCCAACUUGACAAGGUAUUUGAGCUUGUGGAGCGUCUUCCGGCGGAAUACGGAUUUACAAUAAAUGCCCACGUGUACACUUGUCUGAUGAGCGCAUGUAUCACGAAUGGUCGAUACUCCACUGCGCUAGAUAUAUAUCGUUGCGUUAAGGACGGCAGCGUGAAACCCGACGCAAAGACGUACGAGACGCUGCUCCAGGGCGUAACUCGGGGCAAUCUUUUUUCUGAGGCGGCUGACUUAUUGCGUGACAUGUAUAACUUGGAUGGAACAUCUGUGGACCCAGGAGAAGCCGCAAUAAUCCAGAGGAUUAAUCCACGUGUCCUCGAGAAUCUAUUCAGCAAAGUGCAGCACGCUCGCCUCGAACCGGACGUUACGGAGACUUACCGUGCACUGAGCAAGCGUUUACAGUGUAUGGGUGUGAAUGUGCACUUUUUUUCUUAA